AUGGGAAUACCUGGCUUAUUACCACUAUUGAAAACAAUUCAAAAACAGGUAACCCUAAAAAAAUAUGUGAACCAAACAUUGGCUAUUGAUGGCUAUGCGUGGCUACAUAGGGCUUCUUGUGCGUGCGCUUUUGACUUAGUAAUGGGCAAGCCAACAAACAAAUACUUGCAAUUUUUUAUUAAAAGGUUGCAACUAUUAAAACGGCUUAAUAUUACACCAUAUGUAGUUUUUGAUGGCGAUUCACUUUUUGUAAAAAGUCACACAGAAAUGCAAAGAAAGAAGAAAAGGUUAGAAAAUGAAUUGAUGGCAAAGAAAUUGUGGUCGGCUGGCGACAGACUCAAUGCGAUGGAAUACUUCCAAAAAAGUGUUGAUGUCACACCUGAGAUGGCAAAAUGCAUUAUAGACUAUUGCCAGGCACAUUCAAUUACAUAUAUUGUCGCCCCAUUUGAAGCAGAUGCGCAGAUGGUUUAUUUAGAGAAAAUGGGUCUUAUACAGGGCAUUAUAUCAGAGGACUCGGAUUUAUUAGUGUUUGGCUGUAAAACUCUAAUAACUAAACUAAACGACCAUGGAGAAGCUCUGGAAAUUUCAAGAGACAAUUUUACAUCUUUACCAGAGAGUUUUCCUUUAGGUGAACUAAGUGAGCAACAAUUUCGUAAUCUAGUCUGCUUAGCGGGCUGUGAUUACACAAGUGGAAUUUGGAAGGUAGGUCUGAUCACUGCAAUGAAAAUCGUAAAACAGCACUCUGCUAUGAAAGACAUACUUGCGCAAAUGGAACAGACAGAUAAAUUUCGGCUAAGCAAAACGUUCAAACAGGAAGUUGAGUUUGCCAAUUAUGCGUUUCAAUAUCAGAGAGUGUUUUGCCCCCUAUCAAAUCAGAUUACAACAUUAAACCAUAUCCCACAGCCUCUCAUAAACUGUCGUGCCGAAAUAAUGAAGAUCAUAGGAUGUAUUGGCUCUGUUGUUGAAAAAAGAUCAGGAAUACGAAAAGAUAUCAUUGACACUAAAAACAUUGAUCACAAAGUUUAUGAAAGAAUAGCCAAAGGGGAACUGAACCCAGUAGAUAUAACUUCUAAGCUUUUAAAUAGAGAGAAAAAAUUAAGAAUAAGAAACCCACUCAGGGCAAAUAUACUUGUAGGUCGGUCCGACCUUCUCAAAAAGGUACCCAGACAGUUGACUGUAAGAACACAGAGUGGAACGUUUAACGCGGAAAUUCCACUCGAGAGUAAAGAGGUUUCUUUGUAUAUUCAAGCUUAUUGA